AUGGUUAUCAGGAUCAAAACACAAAUUUCUAGCUUCUACAUCGAGCUUGGCGAAAACGAAAAGGAACGCCAGAAGAAAUUAGACGAGUUGUUAGCCGAUUUUGAUUUAUACAAAUCCGAAAUACUAAAAGGGAUGCAGCUUGCCUUGAGGGAUAUCAGAUCUUACGAAUACGACAUGGAAAAAAACAGUGGCUGUCACACGCGAAAAGAAGAAGAACAGCACCAGAAACUAACCCAGUGA